CCAAAGGACGAAGGUCGGAUAUUUUAACGCCGGGUGGGGUGUAAUAUGGCUCCGUUUCGUCCGGCGCACGGUCUGAGGAUCGCUUGAGGACUGUGGUGCUUCUGUGGUGCGAUUGAUCAUCUGGAUUAGGUCAGCCAACAUGCCCAAGAUUCGUUAGUUACACUCACCCUCGUAGAUAGUAGACACACCGCACAAAAAAAUCACAUAACUAAGGAUGAAGUCGGUACUGGGCUGGUUCGGCCAACCGGAGACCUUCAACCCCGCCCAGGUGGCUAUCUAUGGAUCGAUAUCGUUCCUGAUUGUUUCGCUGCUGGGUCUGCUGAUCUACAUCACCUGCUCCAAACGCUACCGCCUCAAUUGGUUCGAGAAGAAUCUCCUCGAAUCGGCCAACGAACGUGAGGCCGCCCUGCAGCACAGCCACGGAGGACCAAUAACCUGCCCGAUUGCGUACAACGUUGACGCGGUCGCCGGAACCUCACGGUAUCUCAAUCGGCCCCACGGGAGUCCACAGGCGAAGGCAGAAAAUCCACCAUUCUGGGCGUCCCAGGGCCUGUACCGGAAGAGCGACAGUCGGGGCCAGUUGAUUGACACGUCCGAUGAGGAGACAACCGGCGACAGUGGAGACUCGGCGUGCAGCAGCAGUAGGUCAGUUAUAGCGGCACCCAGUGGAGCUGUCGCCAUCGCCAGCACUAGCCGGCACGUCGUGCUCGUAACGUCCAGCCCGGCCAAACCCACAACCUCGAUGGUGGCUUCGAAAGGGCAAGGCAGCGGAUCAGAUAUGGUGGACUCCGCCAGCACUUGCAGCACGCUCAGUCGGGGCGAUUUGGGUGGUGAGGACGCCCGCGGUGCCAUUCGCCUGACGCUGAGCUACGACCCAGGCGCCGGCAUCCUGAACGUACGGCUCGCAGAGGCCCAGGAUUUGCAGCCACAGGACUUCAGCGGAACGGCGGAUCCGUACGCCAAGAUACGACUGCUGCCGGAUCGAAACAAUAUGUGGCAAACGAGAAUUCAUAAAAAGACACUUAACCCGGUAUUUGACGAAGAUUUUGUGUUUGAGGUGCGCUCGGCAACCAUCGGCAGACGCACGCUGGAAAUUUUGCUGUUCGACUUCGACGCCUACUCGCGGCAUGUCUGCAUCGGUGGUGUUCAAUUUCCUCUGGGCCAAGUAUGUCUGGCGGAGAAGAUAGACGUUUGGCGACCGCUGCUACCCUACACCGAGCAGGAUAACAAGCAAGAUCUGGGCGAUCUGAUGGUGUCACUGUCGUACCAGCCGCCGUGCGAGAAGCUGACGGUCGUCAUCAUUAAAGCCCGUAAUCUACGUGUGAUGGACGGGACGCGAAAUUCGUCCGAUCCGUACGUGAAGGUAUGCCUCUACAAUGCCGACGGGAGGCGUAUCAAGAAGCGCAAGACCACCGUGGCCCGCAACACGACCGCUCCUGUCUACAAUGAGGCCCUCUCGUUCGACAUUAGCCGUGAAACGUUGAAAGACUGCUCGAUUGAGUUUCAGGUUCUGCACGAUAAUCUGCUGGGCCGGAACGAAACCAUUGGCCGAGCGAUGGUGGGUGCCGGACCGGAAUUUCGGGAGGAGAACCGGAAGUUCUUCGACGAACUAUUUCGAACGCGCGCCGCCACGGCGCAGUGGAUUGCGUUGUCCGAGCUGAAGCUGAAAUCGGAUACGACCAAGUAA